AUGGCCGCUCGAGAUGCUCUGGAUCUCGGGGGCGUGGGAGCAUCAACUGACCUUUGUUCCGCGAGUCUUUGGGACGGUUCCAAAAAGACGCUGCCGGGUGCGGUGGCUCGCGUCCCAUCGAGUCGGCGUGAUCGACCGACUGACCGACCGACCGACCAGUUCGAAGCUGGGCCACUGGACCCCUCGGAGCUCAUGAACGACGCAGAUGGAGUAUACACUACUCAAAUCGCAACACCCGAUUCUUUGCUCGAAUGGGGCAACUUGGUCGAUGCUGCGAUCCUGUCGGACAAGGCCUGUGCAGGACCCUUGCCAGUUGUGUAUGGGAGAGGAGCUCGAAGCAGGAAGCCAUCCAUCCACAGCGGAUGCCUUUCCACAGCCAGGGGUCGGGGCCAUGGACAGAGUCGCAACAGGCUGACUCCAGAGAUGGGCUCGCUACACUAUUAUAAUUGGCAGGCCUUUGAAGCUCGUCCCCGUUGA